AUGGCAAAAUUCGCAGCAGAGUCUCCGCGUCUGUGGCUGCAGCCCCUGAGUCUAGAUCACCUAGAAGACUUUCAUGCCAUCAUGACUGAUGCCACCGGCCUGAAAUUCUCAAAACCAUCCCCAAACAUUGAUGACACCAAAUCCCUUCUCCAAAAAUGGACUCCAUCGCCGGAGAAACCGUGGAUCGACAACUAUGCCAUCAUCCUUCGCUCAAAUAGCCACGACGAAGUGAAAGUAAAAAUGAUAGGAACAGUUGGAACAGUUCGAGUUCCCCAAGGAUUAGAAGAUGCGGCUGAGGUUGCGUAUGGAAUUCAUUCCGAUUUUUGGGGACAGGGCUAUGCAAGUGAGGCUUUGGGAAUGUUUGUCGCGUUGUAUUGCGCUGAUGGAAGAGAAAGAUUACAGGGGAAGAAACAUUUGGUGGCAAAAAUUGACCCGGAGAACCCGGCUAGUGAAAGAGUUGUGCAGAAGGUGGGUUUUGAGAAAGGAGAGACUGUGGAUGGCGGGUAUACUAGGGGUGGGGACGAGGCAGGAAGAGACAAGAGCGAGUAUGUUUGGUGGGUUUUAAAACGUUCUUGA